AUGCAUACUGUAUCUCAUGGAGAAAUUUACAUUCAUACAGUAUCUCAUGGAGAGACUUACAUCCAUACUGUAUCCCAUGGAGAGCCUUACAGCCAUACUGUAUCUCAUGGAGAGCCUUACAGCCAUACUGUAUCCCAUGGAGAGACUUAUAUCCAUACUGUAUCCCAUGGAGAGACUUACAUUCAUACUGUAUCCCAUGGAGAGCCUUACAGUCAUACUGUAUUUCAUGGAGAGCCUUACAGCCAUACUGUAUCCCACGGAGAGACUUAUAUCCAUACUGUAUCUCAUGGAGAGACUUACAUCCAUAUUGUAUCCCAUGGAGAGACUUACAUCCAUUCUGUAUCCCAUGCAGAGACUUACAUCCAUACUGUAUCCCAUGGAUAG